AUGCCAGGAACGGUUGCAGAUGGGCCAACCGUGGCCAUGUCCUUUGCCAAUAAUUUCUGGGGCAAGGACGAUGCCGGUGUUUCACCUAUGCUGGACCGGAUGCACGGUGCAAAAAUGUCUUGCGACGAAUUGAAGACAUUCUAUAACAUCCGAGCCGCCAUCGAAGAAGAAUAUGCACGAAAGCUGCUGGCACUUUGCCGCAAAUCGCUUGGGUCAUGUGAAAUGGGCUCCUUGCGUUCAUCCUUUGAUGUUGUGCGCGCCGAAACGGAGGCCAUUGGCAAGGCCCACGCAGCCAUCGCGGUACAGAUGAAACGAGAGCUGGAGGAACCCUUGAUCGCGUUUGCAGGUGGUUCUAAAGAGAGGAGAAAAAUCAUACAAACAGGGAUCGAGCGGUUACUCAAGACAAAAAUUAACCAGACCCAAACCCGAGAUCGAUAUGAGCAGGACUGUCUGAGGAUCAAGGGUUAUCUCGCACAGGGUCAUAUGGUAAUGGGCCAGGAAGAACGUAAAAACAAAGCAAAGCUCGAGAAAACACAGGUGCAGCUUGCAUCUAGCAGCAGCGAAUACGAAGCUGCCAUCAAAGUACUUGAAGAUACCACCGGACGUUGGAAUAAGGAAUGGAAGGCUGCUUGCGAUAAAUUCCAAGAUCUCGAGGAGGAAAGACUUGAUUUUACGAAGAGCAGUCUCUGGACUUAUGCCAAUAUUGCGUCAACGGUCUGUGUUAGCGAUGAUGCUUCCUGCGAGAAAGUCCGUCUUUCGUUGGAAAAUUGCGAAGUGGAGAAAGAUAUUGUUGCCUUUGUCAAGGAGAAAGGGACUGGCCAGGAUAUCCCCGAUCCCCCCAAGUUCGUCAAUUUCUGCCGGGGGGAUGUCAACGAUACAAGCUCAGAAGCGUCUGAAGAAGAUGGAUACUCUGUGGCUCAGUUCCAGCGCACCAUCAACCCGGCAUUCCGCAGUUCCUCACCGCAGCCAUCGACAUAUGAAUCUCAUCAUGACCCACAGUCGGACCUGGCGGCCAAGAUGGGGCACAAUGAACCCCCGACUCCUUCCAGCCGGGAAGCUGCCGUCACUCCGCAAAAGCCCAUACAGCCACCACCAACCCAACAGCCUGCCCCCUUGGAUCUCCGCCGCGGUGGCCAGCUUCCGCCAAAUUACGAUCCCAAUCAACAUGGAGAAAUCGGCCAUGUACCUCACAACGCGUAUCCGACGGAAGGCAUGACCAUGUUCUGUAGGGCUGGCCCUCCCUCGGAACGUAGCUCAGGAACAAAUAGUGCAUACCGACCAUCGAGUCGCGAUUCACAAAGCGAGAUCUCGAACCCGACCUCUCUAUCCAGCCAGGAGCCGCCGAGUGUCAAACAGUCUCCGACAAAGCCAACGUCUCCGACAAAGCCGACAAAUGGCGUGGCGCUUCCGGGACUCGGCGGUGAUAAACAGGUUCAGAAGAAGAGAAGUGCUUUCUUUAGCAAUAGCCCCUUCCGACGCAAGAGCCGUCAUGAUAAGGAUCGGAAUUCUGGCUCAGCGCAGCUGCCUUCUCGUGGUACCUGGGAUUCUUCUAGACAAUCAAGCCCCGUCAAAGCUCCUCGGCCGCAGCAACCCGUAUCUGUGCCGGAUACCAAUCGAGCUCCGAGUCCAGAGCCUGCUGAUCCUAGGGCAAAUUUCCAGCUUAACGUUGGCAAUAACGUGUUCGAUGUGGACUCCCCAGACAAGAAUGCAUCUAAAAAGGGGGCUCAAGCAGCAGCCAAAGGCGCAGAAGAGGAGUCUGAUCCAAUUGCACGCGCUCUGGCAGAUCUAAAAGGGACCGGCAAGCAGUCAACCAGUCGAGUGUCCGCUGACAGGUAUCAUGGUAUUGCUACACCAGUGCCUUCCGCGCCAGCAUCUAAUUACUCCAGUGCCUCUGCGGCUGCUCCACCUCCAGCGUACAAUGAUUCCUCAGUGAAACGACUGGGCGCCCCCCAGCCCGCGUUUACUUCGGCACAGAUGCAAAAAACAACUCAGAAAUACACGGGACAGACGCAAAGUAUGCUUCGCGGCUCCGGAAAUAAUCCAGGGGGAGCGAGCCAAAACAGUAGACAGUCUCAGGAGGCACCGCGUGCCAGGUCACCUACCCCGAGACGAAGUGCGAGCCCUCAAGUGAGCAGUCCACGAGUAGACACACGCAUGAGUCAAUACAGCAGAGGCACAAGCCCCGCUCCAAGCUCGCAUCACUCAAACAGUAUGAGGAAUCGCUACAGUCAGUCGCCUACUGUCUCCACUCCUCCUCAACGCCCUGCCGAUGGGUCCUACUCCCCUCAUGAAUACACCAAGCGAGGCUCCCCCAACCCCAUGUCGCGAGCUGUAUCCCCCCAGCCUCAGUUCAGACAGCAAGCACGGCCCUCCAGCGCUGGUGGGAUGGAGCUGCAGCUCUCAGGGAGUCCCACUGACAUGUACGGCGGGAGCGGGAGCCAUGAUGGAUAUGGUUCCCGUAAGGAGCCCAGUCGACCGAUGUCGUACUAUGGCGAUGGGGGAAGCCAGCGAAGCCGGUCUCGCAGCAGAACCGUGGCUGUUGCUGACCCGGGGAGACAAUUUAGUCGAGAUGGUCGUCCAAUUCUGCAUUUUGCCCGAGCCAUGUACAGCUAUACCGCCGCCAUCCCUGAAGAACUAGGAUUCACCAAAGGCGACGUCCUAUCAGUUAUCCGGCUUCAAGAUGACGGCUGGUGGGAAGCCGAAGUUACUACUGCCCGUAGCCGACCGGGUUUGGUGCCGAGUAACUAUCUUCAAAUCAUCUAA